AUGGCUAUAAGACGUCGUUCCAAGUUGCGUUCAACCGCUGGUUCGUAUGAUCGCGGCACGAAGACGACGAGUGGAUACUCCUACACGGGCGUUACUACAACCGAUAUCGAAUCCAUCAGGACGGAACCGUCCAUUACGAUGCAAGCCCGCAUGCCUGCAGCGUCUUCCGAACCCAGGAUGCCUAUCAAUGCUUCCGAACUUAACUCGAGUACCACAAAUCCAGACUUUGGUGGGACAAUAUACGGUUCUUGGUACGGAGGAGGUAUUGGGGGUGGUGCGAGAAGUUCCCCAGGCCACCAAAGCCAGGCCAGCGCAUCUAUGAACGUCCCUAUCUCCACAUCACCCCCUCACAAUCUUCGCCCCGGAGCGCUUGUUUCAAGCAGACCGUUUACUCAUGGAACGCCGCUGACACAGAUUAGCGAAUCUACCUCUUCCUCGGCUUGGUCUCAGCCUUCACCUCCACAAACCCAUCAACGAGUUUCUUACGUAGACUCCGGCGCGGCGACCGGCAUAUUGCCUGCUGUAGACACAGACACGUUGCAGACGCCACCAUCGAGUGCACAACACGCGCAUGCAGCAACACUGCCCACUCGCGGUGCAGCUGCUCCAGCACCGAUAUUGUCCGCAGCGAGUACGCCUUCACCACCUGGCGCGGAUAUUAAUCGUUCUCCUACAACCUCUGAGCCGCCGAGCUACGCUCACCACGAGUUUCCAGGAGCCGCGAAAUACAGUUCCUUCAGCAGUGUCAUUCAAAAUGAGGCUAAACCGCCCACCACCAGUAGUAAAGGGCCGAUGGGAUCGCUCAAUACGGCAAGCAAUAGUGCAAGUAGUAGCUCGAAGAAGCCAGACCGUCGAAGCAGCGUCGUGUUCGGACCUCGGGCUGCCAAAGCUUAA